AUGUGUGUGCAACCCUUUCUACAGGAGACAUUAGAAAAUCACCAAGAGUGUCUAAAGAAGCAAAGAGAUGCAGUUAAAUACAGACUGAAAAAGCUGGCAGCACGACAGUCAGAGAUCACAAAAAAGUCCUCAGUGAUAAGGGAGAACAUCAUACGGAAGUACCAGGAGAUCCAGGCCGUCUUAGACGAGGACUUGAGGAUUACCCUGUCCCACCUGGAGAUGGAGGAGCGGGCUGCUGUCUGUGCUCUGGAUGGACUGAUGGAGAGGAACUGUUCUCUAAUCCAGGAGAUCGAGCAGGACCUGGCCAGACUCACUGUGGCAAUGGAGCAGACCGACACAGAGCCUGACACAAUGUCUUUCUUUUCAUACCCUGAGCAGCAAGACAUGGAGACAGUGGACAGAGUAAUGGACUUGCUAAACAGGACGGACCCGAGCAGUGUGAGCCUGGAUGAAGUUAAAGCUGACCAGAUCCUCAGCCUCGCCAACAACAUGCUUCUGCUCAUCAGCUCACAGACUCCUAUAAUAAAGAAACUCGCCAAGAGUUAUUCCAGUGAGGUGAGUCUGGAUCCAGACACAGCCCACCCAAAGCUGAUCAUCUCCCCCGAAGGUGACAGUGCCAUCUACACAGACACCUGGCAGCAACUCCCUGACCUCCCUGGACGCUUUGACACCACCCUCAAUGUCAUCAGCUUGCAAGGCUUCAGCUUUGGUCGCCAUUACUGGGAGAUUGAUGUGACUGGGAAGACUUACUGGGAACUGGGUGUCACCCAUCCCAACCUUCCCCGUAAGGGAACCACUGAGGACUGCUGGCUGGGCCGCGGGGACGAGUCCUGGUGCGUGGAGUUCUUUGAUGGGGAGUAUACAGCGUGGCAUGGAGGCGUGCCCCACCAGCUGCCUUUCACAAAACGCUUCUGUCGGAUUGGUGUUAUGUGUAGUUUCCCUGCAGGGUUGGUGACGUUCCUUGAGGCAGACAACAUGACACCGCUGUUCUCCUUCUGUGCAGGGACCUUCUCGGACUGCCUCCACCUGGCCCUGUGUCCUGGUCAUGACCACAAUGGCAACAAUGCUGAGCCAGUUGUAAUCUGUAAUGAUCCAUCUCCUACCAGUGAUCUCUGAUCAGUGGUUCAAAAAAAAAGAAGCUUUUAGUAACUCCCUGCUACGGCACCAUUUUAUAAUAACGCACCAGUAGAGUGCCACAAGGAUGAUGUUUUUUCUGUAGACCAACCCAGAUGUUAAUGUAACCGUGGUUCCCUCGUCAAAAAGCAUAUGGGAUUUUUCCAUUUUGGAUCAUUGCAGAAAAUAAAUUCUGUGGCAAGCACAUGUUUAUGAUACUUAUAUGUUCUGUUCAACAAGAUAAUCUUCACUAAUGAACACCACUAAGCUAAAACGACCACACUAAGGUUGGGUCGUCACCACUACGAGACUGUAAAGCCGUGUUCGGCGUGAUGAAAUUUUGUAGUCCCAUUUAGCCACUUGAUAGCAAGCUCUGUUUUUUAGACCCAUGAGCUUCAAAGUUUGCCAGUGGGGUACUUACUGACGUAUUUUAUGUUGCAGAACAAAAUGUGAAAGUCUCUUUACCUUGUAGCCGCAGACAUAACUUCUAGGGGUGUAAUGAUCCAUCGAUCUGGACUGAUACAUUGAUUCAAUGAGCAAUGAUCCUGUAUCAUCCAUGCGAAGUGUAAACAUUGAUCCAUAUCAUCCUCUAUCAGAUGCACCUUUAUUUUGAAAAUUCUGUGUUACCAUCACAGGCAGAUGAUGAGAAGCAGACAAGAGACAGGUGAUGAGAAUAACGCUAUUUACUCGUGAAUAAAUCAUCACUCUGGAAAUGCUUUGUUUUCUGAGAAACUGCGAGUCAACAGGUCAACAGACAACGUGUUAUAUGUAAACAAAAGCAGUACUCAGAAACGUCACAUCCUGUCAUGGGCUAACCUCGCUCCCUGCUAAUAGCAGCAUUAGCUGCUCAUUUUCAAAAAUGUUUGGCUGAAAAGACGUACAUGCAGACUUUAAUUCAACCGUGCUGUUUUGUCGGGAGAUGUGGUGACUUAAACCAGUGGUGAGUAAGAAAAAGCAUAAAUAAUACAUCUAUGGGUUAAAUUAUGGGUGGAGGAAAAGUCCGCUAGCCGCUAAGAUAAUUUGUGCAAUUUAAAAAGCCAUAGGCUUAUGCUAAUAACAUUAGCAUGUUGUAUAUAU